AUGAUCCGAGGAGAGCAGAGUGGCGCUUCAGAAGACCUAAAGGAGAUGGUCCUCCUUCUGCUCUGUUAUUUUGAUGAGAAGGAGUCGUCCAUGUUCUUCUAUGUGGAGGACACAUGCCUGGCAGAAGAGGUCCAGCUGGAGGAGGUGCCUCUGACGCCAACUGUGAUUGUGUGUGGACGGUCCUGCUAUUCUGCCAGGAGAUACAUGCUGUGUUUGGACAAGACAAUCGUCCACCCCAACAUCUCCUCCUUCAUUUCUGUGCUGUGCAUGAUGUUUGGAAGCUAUUAUCUCUUCAACAUCCACUAUCCAAUGGCGCUGGCUUCAAGUCUUGAGUUCCUUCAAAGAUGUUUUUUCUCAAUCAACCCUGAGAGAGGAACUAAAGUGGAGAAGAAUCCCAGACGUCUCACAGUGAAUCCUCGAGUCCUCACUUUGAUUCAAGAACUCUCAGAUCACGAAUGGCGUGACUCCUGA